AUGGCUGAACGAGACGGGCCGCCCAAGGUCGAGGUGCCUGCCAAAAGUUACGGCUUCCCGCCCGAGGCAUUUGACUGGUCACGGCUGCCUGACUUUGACACCAAUUUCCUGCCUCCAGAGCAUCUCGAAGCCUUCAUCCAAGCCCUUGCGGCGCCCGAUCCGGUCCAGUCGCCAGACGAAGCCGCCGGCUCCCGCUUCAGCAGUCCGGCCCUGAACCUCACCCGCACUCCGAGCGGCUUCGGCCUCCUCCGGCGCGGCUCGACUCCUCCGUUGAACCAGCAAGAUGACGACCAUGCGCAGGCUACGGCUGUUGCUGCCGCCGCCUCAGCCGCCGACGCCACCGGCACCCGCCCCCAGCCAAGCCCCCGUUCUUCCAGCCUGUUCAUCACGGCGCAAAGCGACUGGGCCCCGGUCCACGAGAAGGUGCUCGGCAGCAAACGCUCCGAGCGCCGCCGCCACCGCGACCGCCAGAAAAAGCGCCGCCCCGGCAACAAGCUCAGCCCGCUCCAGAUCCUCAUGGGCACCCGCUCCAAGGACGAGACGCGCGAGGGCUACCUGUACAGCCUGCUGAAAUGGCCCUUCCUCGUCAUUGUCGGCGCCUGGCUGCUGGGUCUCUCGCUCGCAUACCUGGCCACCCGCUCGUACAUAUACCUUUACGAGCAGUUUGUUGCGUGGCGGGGCCAGCGCGAGCGCCUCCGCCGCGCCAUGCGCGCCACGGGGAGCUAUCCCGACUGGGUCACGGCUGCCCGCCAGAUGGACGACUUCUUUGAGAAUGGCGAGUGGAGAAAGGAGAACGAGUACGCUUACUACGAUAGCACAACCGUGAGGAGGGUAUGGGGCCAGAUGAGGAAGUGCAGGGAGAAGGCCGAGGCUGCUGAAAGGGAGGCCUUGAGCCCCGAUCCCGAGAACCGGAAGCCCGUCGAGGAUCUCAAGGCCCUCAUCGAGGCCUGCGUGAAGAACAACUUUGUCGGCAUUGAAAACCCGCGGUUAUACAGCCAGACAUACUACGGCACCAAGAACCUGGUCCAGAACUUUGUCGACGAGGUCGAAAGGAGUCUCAAGUUUCUAAUUAACACGAAACAGCUCUCCAACGAGGAGAAGAGGAUCAUGUUUAAGGGCACAUUCGCCAACUUUGGCCGGAGCGCACUGUGCCUGUCGGGCGGGGCCACCUUCGCAUAUUACCACCUGGGCGUCGUCAAGGCCCUGUUGGACGAGGACCACUUGCCCGACAUCAUCACGGGCACGAGCGGAGGAGCGCUAGUGGCGGCCCUCGUGGCGACGCGGACGAACGAGGAGCUAAAGGAGCUCCUGGUGCCCGCCCUCGCCCACCAAAUCACAGCCUGCCGGGAACCCUUUAUGGUCUGGGCCCGCCGCUGGUGGAUGACGGGGGCGCGGUUCGACUCGGUCGACUGGGCCAAGCAGUGCGCGUGGUGGACGCGGGGGUCGAUGACAUUCCGCGAAGCCUACGAACGCACCGGCCGCAUCCUCAACGUGUCCUGCAUCCCGGCCGACCCGCACUCCCCUACGAUUCUCUGCAACUACCUGACGAGCCCCGACUGCGUCAUUUGGUCGGCCGUGCUCGCGUCAGCCGCCGUGCCGGGCAUUCUGAACCCGGUGGUGCUGAUGAUGAAGACACGCAGCGGGACGCUGGUGCCCUACUCGUUCGGACACAAGUGGAAAGACGGGUCUCUGCGCACCGACAUCCCGAUCAAGGCGUUGAACCUGCACUUCAACGUCAACUUCACCAUCGUCAGCCAGGUGAACCCGCACAUCAGCCUCUUCUUCUUCUCGUCGCGCGGCUCCGUAGGCUCGCCCGUGACGCACCGCAAGGGCCGCGGCUGGCGCGGCGGCUACCUGGGGUCAGCCGUCGAGCAGUACAUCAAGCUCGACCUAACCAAGUGGCUGCGCGUGCUGCGCCAGCUUGAGCUUCUGCCGCGGCCGCUAGGCCAGGACUGGUCGCAGCUCUGGCUGCAGCAGUUUGGCGGCACCGUGACCAUCUGGCCCAAGGGAAUCUUGUCCGACUUUCUGUAUAUCCUCAGCGACCCGCCGCCGGCACGCCUGGCCCGCAUGAUCCACGAGGGCCGCCAGAGUGCCUUCCCCAAGCUCAAGUUCAUCGCCAACCGCCUCAAGGUCGAGCGCAUGGUCGAGCAGGGGCGCCGCGCCACGCGCCCCGCCGUCCGCCGCGGCAGCAUCGAGAGCAUCCUGAGCGAGGACGACCUGCGCAGCCUCAUGCGCAAGCAGCGCACCUGCGGCCCCCGCGACGGCAUGAGCACCGGCGCCGGGAGCGCCACCAGCGCGACGGGCACCGAGGACGACUACGACGACUUUCUGACCGACGUCGAAGGCUCGACCACCGUCGACGACAACGGCUGCGUGGCUGCAGCCGCUGCUGGCGGGGUCGAGAUGGCCGCGAGGAAGCCGGCCACGCCCGUCGGCUUGGCUGUCACGGGGCUGGAGAAGGGCUCGCUUUGA